AUGUCUCCAGCUCCUGUCGGUGAGAAAUGGUGGAAAAACUCCAUUAUCUACCAGAUCUACCCUGCCAGUUUUAAAGACUCCAACAAUGACGGCAUCGGCGAUAUUCCUGGUAUCAUCUCCUCCCUCGACUACAUCACCAGCCUCGGGGUAGAUGUGAUCUGGAUCUCACCCAUGUAUGACAGUCCCCAAUAUGACAUGGGAUAUGAUGUUGCCGACUAUGAGAGUGUCUACCCACCAUACGGAACAGUCCAGGACAUGGAAGAUCUCAUCGACGAGUGCCACCGGCGCGGGCUGCGCAUCAUCCUGGACCUGGUGGUCAACCACACCUCACACGAGCACAAGUGGUUCAAGGAAUCGCGGUCAUCAAAAUCAAAUCCCAAGCGGGAUUGGUACAUUUGGAAGCCUGCAAAAUACGAUGCCAGUGGAGCCCGCAAGCCCCCCAACAACUGGCGCAGUAUCUUCGGCGGAAGUGCUUGGGAAUGGGACGAAGCAACCCAAGAAUAUUAUCUCCAUUUGUUUUGCACGGAACAGCCAGAUCUUAACUGGGAGAACCCAGAGACCCGCCGUGCGAUCUAUGAUUCGGCUAUGGAGUUCUGGCUGCAGAAGGGUGUCGACGGAUUCCGGGUGGACACAGUGAACAUGUACAGCAAGCACCCUGCGUACCCAGAUGCGCCUGUCCUUGAUCCCAAGUCUGACACACAGAUGUCGCCAUCGUUAUUCUGCAAUGGACCUCGUAUUCACGAAUACCUCGGUGAGAUGAAUGAGGUACUUGCAAAGUAUGACGCUAUGACGGUGGGAGAACUGCCAAAUACGCACACCGUCGAUGGCAUUCUGCGGUAUGUGUCAGCGGCGCAGAACCAGCUCAAUAUGGUCUUUCAAUUUGAUGUGGUGGACCUCGGACAAGGGAAAGACUACAAGUUCUUGACUACGCUGCCGGGCUGGACGCUGCGGGAACUCAAGGCCGCUAUCAAGGGUACUCAAGAUAUCAUGAAGGGGACAGACGGCUGGUCCACGGUGUUCAUGGAGAACCACGACCAGGGUCGGUCCAUCUCUCGCUUUGGUUCCGAGAAGACCCCAGAAUUGAGAGUCACAUCGGCGAAGAUGCUUGCAAUCAUGCAGGGCACGUUGUCAGGCACUCAAUUUAUCUACCAAGGCCAGGAAAUUGGCAUGGUCAAUGCGCCGGAGAGCUGGACCAUCGACGAGUAUAAAGAUGUCGACAGCUCAAACUACUACCAAAUGGUGCAGAAGGUAUCAAAUAAUGACCCGGUGGAGCUGGAAACUGCUAUGAAGUCACUCCAGCGUUUCGCAAGAGACCAUGCCCGGCUUCCUAUGCAGUGGAGCGCCGAGGCUAAUGGUGGAUUCUCUUCCUCGUCGGAAAAGACAUGGAUGCGUGUGCACGAUAACUACCCCGAGAUAAAUGUGAAAGUGCAGGAGAACGAUGAGACUUCUGUCUUGUCGUUCUGGAAACAGGUUAUUCAGCUGCGUAAAGAAUACGCCGACCUCUUAGUCUUCGGGGAUUUUGAGAUCCUGGACGAGCAAAAUGAGAAGGUGUUCACCUAUGUCAAGCGAGGGCUGAGGAAUUCGGUUUUGGUAGUAUUGAACUUCUCAGAGGAUACGCUGAAAUUCGAGAAGCCUGCCGCUGUGCAAGAUCAGAAGGUGUUGCUGCGUAACGUUGAAGGGGAUUUGGGCAAUUUGCAGCCAUUUGAGGGACCCAUGGAGGAUCGCCGUCGGCCCCGAGUAUCCAAGGCAUGUGACGCUUGUGGGCGCAGGAAAGUCCGCUGUAAUGGCCAGCAACGAUGCCAGCAAUGUGAGCACCUGGGCCUAGUUUGCACAUACACCGAUAAUCGACUUGCGCGAUCGAGGAAGCAUGCGCUACGUCGAGGAGAAAUCAUCUCGAAGCAUAGAAUUAAGUCGUCGUCAAAGCCACUUCUCGCUCCAGCUUUAUCCUCAGUUUCAACCUCAUACUUUGAAAGCCUGGUCCCGGAAUACAUGCAUUUCGUAUAUCCAUUCAACCCCAUCAUGACCGACGACGAGUUACAAGAUGCAAUCAGCAAAAUGGACUCGGACGGAGAGAAUGCGGCAUUCGUAUACGCAUUCGCUGCGGCGACCAUUGACCUGACUCAAUCCAAUCACCCCACGUCAAGCGCCUCAACCCAAAUCACCCAGCUCGUCAACCAAUCUAUCAAAACCCAGCCGCCAAUGCUCCUUGGAUUUCGGCCGUCCAUCCUGCGCACAAUGACCAACAUCUUCAUCCAGAUGUGCUUUAUGAGCCUUGGCCAAUACGAUCUAGGCUUUAUAUAUUUGCGCGAAGCCAUCGCCAUGAUCCACCUCCUGCGCAUCGAGGACAAGACCGUCCUCGGACGUCUCCACCCCACAGAACGAGCCCGACGCCAACGUCUCUACUGGUUGUGCUUCAUCCAUGAACGAUUCAUGUCGGUCGUCCACUUCUCUCCCGCAACCCUGUCCCCCCAUGCCUCCUUCCCAGAGGUUGACCCCAACCUACCCCCCGGUAUCUCCCAGGGCUGGACCCAAGUCAUCAAGACCUUCCUCCUCCUCGAACCAACCUUCAUCAACCUCUGGAUCGGCGAUAGAAGCCAAGUAUCUGCUAAAUGGGUAGAGCAAAAACACCGCGAGCUAGACGACGCCCGCUGGGAACUCGAAGUCUCGAUGUUAUCCGAGACGCAGCAAGCAGAUCUCGUCAUCACCAGACAAUGGAUGCGUACUCUUCUCUGGCAAAUGGCCAUGUCCAACUGGCUUUUAUCCUCUCGUGCUCCCUGUCCUUCACUGUCCCUUGAACUCCCGCUCCGACUAUCCAGCCAGCUGAGACAAUUCCUGACUAAGAUCUCGCAGAACACGAUCCGCGUGCACGGGUCUUCGAUCCUCAACAAGCUACUGGAGAUUAUUAAUACGAUCGCUGAUGUAGUUAUUCAUCUUCCGCAGGCAACGCUAGAGCAGACGACUAGUCGGAUUGGGGAUAUUGUGUUUAUGAAGAGCGUGGUGUUUUCGUUUCAUAAUUUGCAGCAGAUGUCGAGGGAUAUUCUCGUUGAGAAGUUUUGUUUGAUUAGGGAUCGCUUUCCGGGGAUUGAGGCUGCUUGUCAGUUGACUAUUUAG